CAGGAACUCCCGACCUCUUAACUAAGUAAACAGAAAGAUGAACGUUUCUUUUUUUGAUUUUUUUUUUUUUACUAAAACAGCCACUGAAAACAGAACUAUUUCAGAGUAGAUUAGUCUGACAUGCACCAGACAGCAGACAGAGGUAUUUUUCAGGAGUUGGUGGAGACCAAACCAGAGUGAAAAGACCACUGAAUAAUGGAUUUGGAUUCAUCAGGUGGCCAGAAACGCAACUCCAGAGGGAUGAUAAUGUUGCCCCAUGUCUGUUGGAUGUCACCUUCAGUGUUGCGGCAGCGUGAGCUCCCCACCGAGGCGCGCAGCGAGCCGACUGGGAACGAUCGGCGGAUUCAGACAGACGAGCGGUGGGCUCGGGACUCCGGACGAUACAUGAAAUAGUCACCGACAGAGUCGUCAAAGGUGAAGCAUAUUGGGGCGUGGGUGAAAUGGAGGCACCGCCGGGAACGAGCUGCUGUGAGCGCACCUUGGCCAAGCGGGAGUAACCGAGCCGUGAGACGGGUUGGGAUGGCAGCGUCCAGUAACUCAAGCCUCUCAGGUUCAUCUGUGUCCUCUGACCCUGAGGAUUACCAACCGCCCAUAUGGAAGUCCUACUUGUACCAGCUACAGCAGGAAGCCCCGAAUCCAAAGAGGAUCACAUGUCCUCAGGAGAUGGAGAGCAGACCCAAAUACUAUGGCAGAGAAUUUCAUGGCAUGAUCCCUCGAGAAUAUGCAGAUGAGCUGCUAGCGGGAGCAGAGGGCGCUUACCUCAUCAGGGAGAGCCAAAGACAGCCAGGGACACACACCUUGGCCUUAAGGUUUGGGCACCAGACCCUCAACUACAGACUGUUCUAUGACGGGAAGCACUUUGUUGGGGAGAAGAGGUUUGAGUCGGUCCAUGACCUUGUGACGGAUGCUCUCAUAACUCUCUACAUUGAGACCAAGGCGGCGGAGUAUAUUGCCAAAAUGACCACUAACCCCAUCUACGAGCAUCUAGGUUACACCUCGUUGCUCAAGGACAAGAUGGUGCACAGGCUGAGCCGUGAACGCACAGAACCACGCAGGGUCACCUUCCAGAGAGAUGAAAGGAUCUCCUCACCUCUGGUGAGACGGAGUGCCUUGAAAGAUACACCAGAGAAGCAGUGCUCCUAUGAGAAGAUACACAACUUCAAGGUACACACCUUUCGAGGGCCGCACUGGUGUGAGUACUGUGCCAACUUUAUGUGGGGUCUCAUCGCCCAGGGUGUCCGCUGCUCAGACUGUGGGCUGAAUGUACACAAACAGUGCUCCAAACUGGUUCCCAGCGACUGCCAGCCGGACCUGCGCAGGAUAAAGAAAGUGUUCAGCUGUGACCUCACAACGCUUGUCAAAGCUCAUAACACGACACGACCCAUGGUGGUGGACAUGUGCAUUCAAGAGAUAGAACUGAGAGGUAUGAAAUCUGAAGGUCUCUACAGAGUGUCUGGCUUCUCAGAGCACAUAGAGGACGUAAGGCUCUCCUUUGACCGAGAUGGUGAAAAGGCUGACAUCAGUGCCAGUGCCUAUGCAGACAUCAACAUCAUUGCUGGUGCUUUGAAGCUCUACUUAAGAGACCUUCCCAUUCCAGUCAUUACAUUUGACUUGUAUUCUAAAUUUAUUCAAGCUGCAAAAAUUCCAAAUGCUGAAUCCAGACUGGAGGCCAUCCAUGAUAGUUUGCUGCAGCUUCCACCAGCCCACUAUGAGACCCUACGUUACCUGAUGGCUCACCUCAAGAGGGUGACACUGUUUGAAAAGGACAAUUUAAUGAAUGCUGAGAACCUGGGGAUUGUCUUUGGUCCAACACUUAUGCAGCCACCGGAGCUGAAUGCCUUGACAACCCUGAAUGACAUGAGACAGCAGAAACUAGUGGUGCAGCUUAUGAUAGAGCACGAAGAGGUCUUAUUCUAAGGACUGAGGCAUGCAGGCCUUAUAACAGAAACGAAGGACAAUUAUUUAUUCUGUCAAAGAGGAAAUUCAAGCCACCUUGAUUCUAAUGAUGUUUCAGAAUAGUUUGUAAUCAAUCAAACUUGAAACACUUCUUUCUCGCAUGAUUGUUUUAGUUGAAGUUGGUUUAUUGUUAACAUUGUCUUGUUACUGUAAGUUUUGGAUUUUCAUAGUCAUCCAAAACCAUCAUUUUUAUAUUAGGAAAGGAUCCAGUAUUUUUACUACCUACAGUGCUGUUCCCUCCUCUCAUUAAUAUGAAGACUGUCACUACCUGGUGUAGACUCAGUCAUGAUGACAGCACUGUGUGAAAUCUGCCCCAGGCAGAUUGUCAAUCAUUGAAAGCCUGGUGCUGUGUAAACCAAGCUUCACAGAUGCAGCCAAGCUAACGUUCCUGCACGACGUGUGUGCAUAUUGUGAUUUUGGUGGGAAUGCUGGUUAAAAUGUCAUUGUAGAUAAAAUCAGAUCAUGUAAUGAUCAAUAUUUUAACUGUGUGUACUAAAAUAUGAGAAAUGAGACAAUUGGGCGCCCAUGAAGCACUUUUUUGCAACGAGUAUAAAGAUUUAUUUUGUAAAGAUGUUUAUUUUUGUCUUUUACUCUGCAUCAUGCUCUUUUGUCACAAUAAUAUAUACUGUUGAAAAUGAUGUUUGUCGAAAUUUAUAUCCUAAAAACAAAACUGUUCACAAUAGAAAAGAAUAUUCAGAGUAGUGACAGUGGAUUUACCAUUUUCAUUUGUACUCAGUGUUAUGGUGAGGAAAACAUAGGUGGAUUAAAUAUUGGUCAUUUUGGUCAUGACUGUGCAACACAUGAGCAAAGCUCCAGUUUUGUAGUAUUUCCAUUUACAUGCUGUAAUUUGGGAUAUUUUCAAGUAAAAAUUUAUCUGGGCCCCUAAUUUGUUUUUCUUCUUCUAGGCCGGUAACAUCGCUCGGUGCAGUAGUAGUUGCCAUUCCCUUCACAAUGCCAUAGAAGUUAAUAGUCUAUACUAUCUACGCUGUACCGAGCAUGUUCCUUUCACAGUUGGUUUGAUGUGAUUAAGUAAAUUCUUUCUAAAAAUCCAUUUCAUCAAAAUGUAUUUUUGUGACGGUUGCAAUUAAAAAUGUAAUUUAUCAAAUGAUGAUUUAUUAAAGGAUUAAUGGAUAGAAAACUUAA